GUCUGCCAAAUUGUGGUAAGCAUGUGAAUUGUAUACAUUUGUAAACAAACUUGAAUCAAUUUUUUUGUCUCUUGAUAGACUUGAUUGUCAUAAAUUUUUUAUUCUAAAAGAUCUUUACAGAUCUAUAUCUAUAAGCUAAAAAGAAAAAAAAAUGGCAGAAUACGUUAAUCAAAGGCUGGAAGAAAUGAUUCCUGAGCUAGAAGAGAUGAGCAGCAUUGGAUUAUUUUCUAUCAAAGAAACAAAAGUCAUUCUGAAACUGAGAGAGGCUCAUGAGUACAAGCUUCGACAACAAACGAAAACCAAGCAAUCAUUUUUAAAUUACAUAGAGUAUGAGAAGAAAUUAUUGGAGUUGAUCAAGAUAAGAAGAAAGAAACUUGGUCAAGAUUCGAAAAAGAGAGAUGUUGAAAAAGCAAUAGCAGACAGAAUUCACAAAUUAUAUCGAUUGGUCUGUGAAAGAUUUUCUGAUGAUCUCCACUUGUGGGAACAGCACAUUGAGUUCACUAAACUUAUGAAUGAAAAAUCUUAUGUGUCCAGGCUCUAUACAAAAGUUUUGAAAAUUCACUCACAUAAUGAAGACUUGUGGGUCAGGUCUGCUCGGUGGGAGAGUUCCAAAGAGGGUAACAUGAACCCAGAUCUGGCCAGAGAAAUACUACUCAAGGCACAGAGGGUGAAUCCAGAAUCUCAGCUGAUUUUCUUAGAGAUGUUCCGUAUGGAACUAGAUUUAGCAAAAAUCGCAGUUAAAAGAAAACAAAUCCUAGGUUUAGCUGACAAAAAGGAUGAUACAUCUGAUGAUGAUGGCUCACAAAUUAACAUUGGGCAGGAGUUUAAAAUUGCUAACAUCAUCUACUCCAAGGGAAUUGAGAUGUUUCCAGGUAAUUCUGAACUUCACCUUAAAAUGUUGGCCGUAUGCUGUGCUGUGAAAGAAGCCAAGGCACUACGACAACAGAUAGUGCAAGACUUGCAAUGUUUGUAUCCAGAGAACCCUCAAGUCUGGCAUGCGUUGGCUUUAAUAAAUUUGAAUGGCCUUAGAAAAAUGGAUAAAGCCAAUCAAAGGGAAAGUGCCAAGCAGUGCGUGGAGGUGUACCAGCAAGCUGUGGAGAAACUGCCAAAUGAAAAGAUGUACUCCCUGUGUCUGAGCGCCCUGCUGACCCUGUUGAAGACACGAGAGUUCCAGGGUGCCGACUGGCUGAGGAAGACGAGCAUCUCUUUGUUUGAGAAAGCCAUCCAACAUGGCGUCCUGUCAGAGACUAUGUACAACGAACUGCUUGAGAUUCUGGAAAGUUCAGGACUGAAUGAGAAUGUCCUGCAAGUGUCCAAGCAGGCCACUUCAGACCACCCAGGUUCCUGCAAAUUGUGGCAGACUAGGCUAAGACUGAUGGUGACCGUUGGUCAAGCGGACUGCUCAGCUGUUGAUGCACUUCUGAAAACAAGUUUAAAGCACAUUCCUUCCGAUGAGGCCUGGCCUGUCUGGGAGUUUGUACUGACCUACCAUGGCUCGCGAGGAUCUGCUCAAUUUGACCAGUUGUUGGAGGAAGCGUGUCGCAACGUAUCAUCUUCUGUCUCAUCGAAAGCCAAAGACUGGAGCCUGCAGUGGAUCUACAGACACGAAGGCAUCAAGAAGGCCCGUGAGUUUUUCUCCAGGUUCAAGUCGCUGCGUCCCGUCAGUUUGAGUUUCUUUAAGCUCUACGUUCAGAUGGAGAACUCCCAGAUGUCUCCAAAUGUUGACUUGAUUCGUAACGCGAUGGAGGAAUGCUUGGUUACUUUUGGUCAUAAGGAGCCAGAUUUGUGGCUCAACUACCUCUACUGGGAGACACACUCAGGCAAAGACAGCGCCAAGUCUGGCGACAUUUACCAGAGGGCCCUGACUGCCCUUGACCCCGAGCAAAGGGACGCUUUUAUCAGGAAACAUGUGCUGUCAGGACUUGUCCUCUAGAUGCCCUGGUGUUGACCUGGUGGUCUGGGAGUUACAUCUGUCUAAAAACAGCUGGUCUAUUGAAAUAAAUGUUGUAAUUUUC